AUGGAUCAUUUGGAGCAAGAAGCAGAGCGUGCUACUCGCGCGCUCAGUGAACUUUCUUAUGAUCAUGCCGAUCUUGAAUCUCGCAUGGAAUACGUAUCUCGCGCGCUUGCUUUUAUCCCGGAGACUCACCGAGACUUGCCGAGGUGGCUUUGCACUCUUGUAUAUUCUCAUCUCGGACGGUUUAAGUCCCUGAACAAGAUAGGCGAUCUCGAAAAUGCCAUAAAAUACCUACUUCGUGCAUUCCAAUUAACACCCGAUGGUAGUCCAUACACGGCAAAGCGACUUUGUGACCUUGGAGAACUUUAUCAGUAUCGUUUUCGGCAGUUAGGAGAACCCAUUGACCUAGAGAGAGCGAUGGACUAUACGACCCGUGCUGUAAACCUGACUCCCAUUGGUCAUCAAGACUUACCCUCCCGACUCAGUAAUCUAGGAACAAUUUAUGGGGAUCGUUUCCGCCAUCAAGGUGAACUUUCCGAUAGCGAUGAAGCAAUUAAACGCUGCUACUCUGCUGUUGCUGUAGCCCCCGAUGACCAUCCAGAUUUACCACGCUGGCUUGAUCGCUUAGGAGUGUCAUGUGGCGAUCGGUUCAAGCGCCUGAACGAGAUAGAGGACCUCGACAAAUCAAUAAAGUAUAUGCAUCGUGCAAUUAAUCUGACCCCCAUCAAUCACCAAGACCGAGCGCACCGACUUGGUAACCUUUGCACAUCUUACCGUAGCCGAUUUCAACGCCUAGGCGAAGUUCCCGAUAACGACAGUGCAAUUGCUUACGGUACAACUGCACUCUCUCUUCUUCCCAACGGACAUCCAGAUGUACCGCAAUGGCUUGCUGAUCUAGGCGCGUCUUGCAUUGAGCGAUUCAGACAACUGGGCGAGCUGGAGGAUCUUAACAAAGCCAUAGACUUUUUAUCACGUGCGGCGCAUUCCACCCCAGAAAAGCACCCCGAAUUACCGAAUAUAUUGAAUAUAUUGGGAGAAGCCCAUGGUGAUCGUUUUAUCAAAGAGAAAGAGUUUAGCGAUCUAGGAGAGGCAAUAGUUCAUGCCCGUCGUGCACUCGAACUUACCCCUGAAGGUCAUCCUACGCUUCCCACAAAGCACUCCCUCGUCGCAAAACUUUGCUUCCUCCAGUACGAGACCACAGGCAGUGAACUAUUUCUGGAAUCCACAUUGAACUCUUUUCGUAUGGCUUGCAAGUCCUCGAGCGGAUCCCCAAGCGCCAGGUUCGAGGUCGCACGUAAUUGGGCAGCGCUAGCCACUGGCUGCGAUGCCCUCCAUUGCCUUGAAGCCUACCAAACUGCAAUGGACCUUCUGCCGCAAUAUAUUUGGUUGGGCGCUACCAACAAUCAACGCUACGAAGAUCUAAAGGCGGCGGUCAACCUGGCGGUAGACGCGGCCUCGACUGCUACUUAUUAUUCAAAAUACGCACUGGCUCUCGAAUGGAUAGAGUAUGGGCGCUGCGUAGUAUGGACUCAAAGCCUGAUGCUCCGUUCACCUCUUGAUGAACUACAUUCUUCCCAUCCAGAACUGGCAAUCCGCCUCCGGGGAGUCGCUAAACAGUUGAACGAUGCCAGUUCUGAAUCCCGUGAAUCUCUAGCUCUGGCCUCUGGGUCACUAACUGCGGAAGAAGUCGGUCUGGAGCACCGUCGUCUGGCUUUAGAAUAUGAAAAAUUGCUGUUGGCAGUGCGUCGCCUUCCUGGAUUUACGAACUUCCUUCAGCCGAAGCAGGCAGCUGCUCUCGUUAAUGCUGCCCAGUACGGCCCAAUUGUAGUAAUUAAUUGCCAUACGGAAGGAUCUGAUGCGCUCAUUAUUUUGCCCGGAAAAUCUGACGUCCAACACAUUCCUUUCCCGGAUUUCACAGAAGAGAGCGCGAUUCGUGCUCACUCUCAAAUCAGUCCCUCUGUUAAUGGCCUUCGCGACGGGGGCUUUCGUAGAGCUAUACACGAAGAACAUGACGACAGGUUCGGGGAAGCGUUGCAUACUGUCUGGAUCCAGAUUGUUAGGCCGGUGCUAGAUUAUCUAGGGUACAUGGACCGUGUUUCGACAGAAGCUCUUCCUCAUAUCACAUGGUGCCCUACGGGCAUGGCGACUUUCCUACCUUUGCAUGCGGCUGGCGACUAUGACACACCUCGAUCAAGAGUGUUUGAUUAUGUCAUAUCCUCUUAUUCGCCCAUCCUUUCGACUCUCUUAUCUCCCAACACGCGCACGUUAACCCGUAACAUCCGACUGCUGGCAGUCGGACAAACGCAGACACCAGGCUUUAGUUCACUACCUGGGGUUGACCUGGAGCUUGCAGCGGUCAGGUCCCGUGUAGAAAAUCAAAUACAGUACACACAGCUCACCAACGAUCAAGCGACCCCUAUGAUCGCUCUAGAGACCAUGGAUGAACAUGAUUGGGUACAUUUUGCUUGUCACGCUUCCCAAGACUUCACAGAUCCCACAAAAAGUGGGUUUUACCUUCAUCAAGAUAUGCUCACGCUUUCUGCUAUCAAUCGACAGUCGUUCAAGAAUAAAGGCCUAGCAUAUCUUGCUGCUUGCCAGACGGCAACAGGAGACGAGAACCUUCCUGACGAGGCCAUACACCUUGCGUCAGGAAUGCUCAUGGCGGGAUAUCCAAGUGUGAUUGCCACAAGGUGGUCAGUUCGUGAUGACGAUGCAGUGGUAGUAGCCAAUACUUUCUAUGCGGAGCUGAUGAAAUGCGGGAAGAUAGGGGGUGGAGAGGCAGGAAAGGCGCUACAUAAGGCGGUCGAUGAGUUGCGGCAGAAGAUUGGAGAAAAGGAAUAUCAUCGCUGGGUGCCUUAUAUCCAUAUUGGGUCGUAG